UUGGGCACUGGAGCCUUAAUCUGUGCAGACAGAUGCACCUUCAUGAAUUUCAAGCUAAAUCUGAAAGCAUUGACCUGAAGAUUACUGCAAUCAAGCUGAUUGUUGAGUGGAUUUGAUGCAGACGACGUACGCCAUGGAUCCACAGAGCCAAAACACAUCAUUGCAACGGCUUCAAAAUGUUGAAAAGAGAAUAGUUAGGGUAUUGGAGUUAGCUGGCAGCGUAAUGGACGAACUGGCAAACCCUAGCGGUCCAAGAAAGGAGCUUGUUAAUAGUCACUGCAGUGAAUUUAUGCAAUUGAUCAAGGACAUCCAAGUGACACUGCGAGAAGAAAUCAAAAGUGCCUGUGAGUAUCGUCCUUUUGAGAAGUGUGACUACGUUCCAAGAAUAUCUAACGAGAUCUGUUGCAAGAAACUGGAACAUGUCAUUGCACAGUUAGACGAAAUGAAGCAUACAAUUGAAGGGUAUCAUGCUGCAGUUUGAAACUCUGUAUGUUUUAGCAUUCACCACUAGGUUGCUUUUAUAGGAUUCCUGUUAUUUGAGGUUAGGAUAAUGGAUUUAGUUGGUCUGCAAGGACAUUUGAUUAUUUAUAGGAUUCCUGUUAUUUGAGGUUAGGAUAAUGGAUUUAGUUGGUCUGCAAGGACAUUUGAUUAGCUCUGAAUGUACGCUCGUGGCAAGUAGAUUUCCUAUUUGCUUCUUCAGUAAGAUUAGGAUCGACGUAAACAAAUUGUAUUACAGAGCUUUGUAUAUAUUUUUACGUUAAAAAUGCUUGGUAUGAAACACUUCCAGAAUCUGUUGUGCAA